GAGUAUAGGAGAGCGAAAACUGAGGUCUUCAGAUAAACCAAAGUCCGGUCGUUGCCGGUGGAACGUAAGUAAAAUCGCGACGUCGUUCACGGGGGCCCACAUUUUGUGACCGAUCGUAAAGUGGCAAGACAAGACAAUAAAGAAAAAAAAACUGCCGAAUUGGUACGUGGAUAAUUUGUGCCCCUUUUUUUUCGACUGACUGAGACCACCUUCACGGCGAUGAGGGUGUUCGUGUUAUUCCUGCUGGUCGGGCUGGUGGCUUGUCAGGCCGAGGCGAAACGCAAGAGAAAAUUCGAAGGGGACUUCGAGUUCGCUGAAGAGGAUGACUCUAAAUCGUUUAAAGUUGGCGAAAAGAAAAGAUGGAUACAUGAUCCCUCAAGUGAUUUAUGCCGUCCGUUAAAUUGUAAGAAGAAAGAAAUAUGUCUGCUAGAAGAUUCGUUUACCGCUGUUUGCGUGUCUCGAAAGGAACUUAAGAAAAAUGGUGAUAUAGUUGUUCCAAAGUCGACUUCCAAAACGGACGAUCCAAAAGACGAGGAGGAGGAUGAUGAUAUAUUUUAUGAUAGCGAAGAUGAUGCUGAUGAUGAAGUUAGUGAGGAUCCAUGUCACAUAUGUCCAGUAGUGAAGCCAGAUUUUAUCUGCGGUACAGACAAUCGCACUUAUAGUACCCUCUGUCGAUUAGACUAUCAUAACUGUUUUCGUCAAACAUCUGUUAAGGUCGCUUGUAAAGGAUUUUGUCCUUGUAAAGAAGUAGACAUAAAAGUCCAUAAAAAACAGCGCCAACCUGACCGUUUAAACAACUUCAUGACAAAAUACAAAGCGACUCUGGAUAAAUCUGGAACCAUUAGUAGCGGAGCAGUAAACGGCGCCAGCCUGGAAAAACCCACAUUGAAAAACGACAUUUAUUCAUACGUGCCGCAGGAAAUCAAAUAUGAUAACAAACAUUACAAGUACAUUAAGUAUACAAAGUAUAAUAAGGAGAAUAAUUUCCUUUACGGCGACGACAAGGAAAAGCUUAAGGGUUAUAAUGAAGUGACAGAUGAUAAAGCCUACAGCAAUGCAAUUAACGGCCUGGACCCUGCCCUUCCUAUUUCAAAGCAGUGUUCUCCGACUGCCUUACAGGCCAUGGGAAAUCGCCUGCUGGAUUGGUUCUCUGUAGUUAUGGCUGAUUCUAAUAGAAGGAGAAGACCAAAGAAUAAAUCAAAAGCUCUUUUCCCGUCAGCUUGCAAAGGUGAAGUAAGAUGGAUGUUCCAGCACCUCGACGAAAAUGCGGAUUCUAAACUGUCCCUACAAGAAUUGUACGAUUUGGAAAACGAUCAAAACGAAAUCUGUCUUAAGCCGUUUUUGCAACAGUGUGACGUCGACAAAGAUUUAAUCGUUUCGCCCCAGGAAUGGUGUAAAUGUUUCCAACGGGCGGAGAGGCCUUGCGCUGCCGUUAGACGUAAAAUUUCCACAGAAAUAUUAGGAGUAUAUGUGCCAGAAUGUGACAUCCAAGGUUACUACAAAUCGGUACAAUGCCACAGCGCAAUUGGAAUGUGUUGGUGCGUCGACAAGCAUGGAGUUGAGUUUGCUAAUACUCGUACUCAUUCUAGGCCUAAUUGUGAUACAAUUCUACCAUCAAACUCGGCACAAUCCAAACAAGAAUCGCGCCAGAGUAACAGCGUGAACACAGACAGCGACGAUGAGGAUGACGAUAAUCAAGUAGAAGGCAGCGCAGAUCACCCAAACGAUUAUUAAAUUAAAACAAAAUCAGCCAUAGUAGAUCUAAAAACAGUUUUAGUUCUUUGAUAUAAGAUUCAGUCCAUUUAACAAUUUAAAAGUUGAACUAAAACAGUUAUGGAUCGACUAUAAGCAAUUUAAUAAGAGCUUACCAAAAGUGUUUUGUAUUAAAUAUUUAAGCUCUUAUACAUACACCAUUAUUAUCAUUUGCAAAAAUCAAUCUGUAGCAAAUAAACCUUAAAUGCUAUUAUGUAGUAUUAAACGUGUGCAAAAACAAAUGGGCACCGCUAUUAUUAACCCCCAACAUUUUUGGUCCAUCGAACCGGAUUAUAAAAGAUAAUAAAUAUUCGCAGCAGUCUAUUAAUAUUUGUUUAUAUUUUUUGAUGACCUACGAAAGUUCAUUUUAAAUUUAUAGCAUUUACAGGUAUUUUCUAUUUUAUUGGGUUUCAUAAAAAUGAUAUCAUCAUCUAAUAAAUUCAAUAUACCAUUGUCAAGUUUAAUUUUAGAGCAAACAAUAACUGGUAAAUUAAUAGAACAAGUUAAUCAGUGUAAAUACAUUCCAUUUUGUAGAACUUAGGUUGAUUGGAAACUUUUAUAAAUCAACUAAAAAUUAAUCAAAGAACAAUUUUGUGCUUUUUUUAAUGUUUAUUAAAAAAAAUAACAAACAUUGGUUGCUUAAUUGUUUUAUUCAAUCUUUACAAUUUAUAGCCCAUAAUAUAUAUUUUGUUUCAUUAUAGUAAAAGUGAUAUAACAUUACUUUGAUGCAAUAUUAAAAUUUUAGUAGUAAAAUUUAGUUUUAGUAGGGAAAAAUAUUUUUAUGCAUAGUCAGACGCCGGUUAAACAUUAGAGAUUCCAAAAACUCUGCUAUACAGCUUUAAUGUUAUCGUGCCGUCUCUAUACCUAAACCUAAAAACCUAUACCUAGAAUUUUUAUUACUAUUUAUCUCUAAAUAUUAAUAUAGGAUGUGUGGAUUGUAUUUAGAAAUUAUUGUAUUACGCAUUAACGCCGCCAGGUUUGUAGGGAAAUUAUUUGAUAAAUUGUGAGAUCACGUUCAAUAAUUUUGAAUCAAAAAAGAUAUAUUUUGUAGAGCCAAAUCGACUUAUAGCAGAUGUAACAAUCUAAAUUAUAAAAAAAUCUUUAAAUCAAACUAGUCAUCUUUAGUAUAAGUCGAAUUUAGAACAAGCUCACUACUACCUUAAAUUUAAAAGAAUGAGACAAUGACAUUUUCCUUAAUUUCAUCUCUUGAUAUAAUGUUAUCUGUCUUAAAUGAUAUUUAAUUGUUUUGAUGUUGUCCAUGAGUGGAAUGUCAUAUUAUUUGUCCCACUCACUUUAAAUAGGUUUAUUAGGAAAAUAAUGCGUCUAUAUUAUGAUAUUCUCUGUUUAAAAAAGGCAUUAGUUAUAAGCACAUACACAUCCAGACAAUGUAUUUAUUGUAUGUUUUUAACAUAUUUAAUAAAGUUAGAAAUAUUAAUUUUA